AUGUUGUACCUGGUACUCGCUCUCUCCGUUCCUGGCUACCUUAUUGCUCUCACAUGCUACAAUCUCUUCUUCCAUCCCCUCCGCAGCUUCCCCGGACCCCCACUGGCAAAAGUCUCGAAACUAUGGAGUAGGAUUGGCAAUCGGACCGGCCGAAAGUCUGACAGAAUCCACGAAGCCCAUCUGAAGUAUGGGCCUGUGGUACGUAUUGGGCCAAAUGAGUUGUCGUUCGCAGAACCCGCCGCCGCGCGAGCCAUAUAUACAUCGGAUGCAUUGGUAAAAGAGGAAACCUUUUAUCGGGCGAAGACUAUUUUCCAUGAGAACCACCUUUUCUCCACUCGGGAUGUGCAGGCACACCGGCAGCGACGCAAGCUCUUCGCGCGGGGAUAUUCUCAGGCAGCCAUGCUAGAGUUUGAGCCCCAUAUCUCCAACAAAAUCGAUACUGUUCUCAAACAAUGGAAGGUACGGUUGGUUGGUGGUCCAAUCGAUGUUUAUCCCUGGCUCCAUUGGCUUGCCUUUGAUGUAGUGUAUCACUUGAUGUUUGAUGAUGAUCUAGGCCAAGUUACCUCUGGUAGAAGCCACGAAGUGAUGGCAUAUCUUCAGGCUUGGAAGCCGACCUAUAUCUAUAAAGAGUUCUUCCCGCAACUAGAUCGAUGGGGUGUCUAUGUUCCGGGCUAUGUGGGAGACUAUUUUAGAAAGGUCCAAGCAUGGAAGAACUACUCUGUAAAUCUAAUCCAAAGAAGCCGUGAAAGGGGCACAAAGACACCAUUUUUACGAGCGGCAUUGAAUGGCGACGAGGAUGCCUUUCUCGGAAGGCCCUUGACCAACUCGGAGUUGGCAGAGGAAUGCAUGGGCGGGAUGUUCGCAGGAAGCGGUACCACCGCUAAUACGUUUGCGUUUCUUCUCUGGGCUUGUCUGCGCAAGCCAGAUGUUGUGGCCCGGCUUAAGGCUGAAUUGAGAGAAGCGUUCCCAGAUCCUUCCAUUGUGCCAGACCAUCGGACGUGCUCCGCUCUGCCAUAUCUUCAAGCCGUUAUUUCAGAAGCCUUCCGUCGCUAUCCCGCUGCUAUUGCUAUCCUACCUCGAACUGCAGUUAGAGACACAACCAUUGCGGGCGCACAAAAUCGAACAAUUCAUUUCGACGAGAAAGCUUUCCCUGACGCUCAAGACUUCCGACCGGAGCGCUGGCUCGAGAAGGAAAAUGAGGCCCUGCGGAAGGAGGCUUUGGCCCCCUUCUCCCUUGGCCCCAGAAAAUGCGUAGGUCUCAACUUGGCGCAAAUGGAGCUCAACAAAUUAACCGCCGCUUUCUUCCGUCGGUUCGAUGGGGAAGUCGAUGGUAGCAUGGGCGAGGAAGAUAUGCGAAUGUAUGAUACUUUUACUGCUUCACCCGCUGGAGGAAAGCUACUGGUUCGUUUGCGUGAGUCGGUUUGA